GAUAUGCCCCGCAGCCCCACGUCCAGCGAGGAUGAGAUGGCACAGAGUUUCUCGGAUUAUUCUCAGGACUCGAGCUCUGAAAGCUCCAGAGAAGAGGCUGUGUAUGAGCGAGUAAGAGCAGAACGACCCACCAGCCGCAUGAUGGACAUCCAGAGCAACACACUGAUGGUUCAAGUGUUCAUCCCAGACCUGCAGCAGACCAAGUGUCUGCGCUUCGACCCCUGUGCCUCUGUCUGGGCUGCGAAACAGAGGAUCCUGUGCACGCUCAGCCAGAACCUGAAGGAUGUGCUGAACUUCGGUCUCUUCCAGCCGUCCAGCAGCGGCGAUGGAGGAUUCCUGGAGGAGGAGAGUCUGAUGGGAGAUCUUCCAUUGCCGGACGGAGAGAGUCUACCCAUGCUGGAGUUUCGCUAUAAAACCAGGCUGUACAGUCAGUCCAGUGUGGACGAGAAGCAGAUCGCCAGACUGCACACUAAGGCCAACCUGAGGAGGUUCAUGGACUACAUCCAGCAUCAUCAGCUGGAGAAAGUGUCCAGAAUGCUGGAUAAAGGACUGGACCCCAAUUACCAGGACUCUGAGAGUGGAGAGGCUCCGCUGACGCUGGCGGUGCAGAUGGAGAGUAUGGUGGAGUUUAUUCAAGCGCUGAGGAACGGAGGAGCUCAUCUGGACUUCAGGGCUAAAGACGGCAUGACGGCUCUACAUAAAGCAGCCUGCGCUAAAAACCAGGACGCGCUCAAGACGCUGCUGGAUCUGGGUGCGUCUCCAAACUCUAAGGACAGUCGUGGUCUGACGGCUCUGUACCACACAGUGACGGCCGGUGGAGAAACACACUGCUGUGAGCUGCUGCUGGACGCCAACACUGCCCUCUGCUGCCAGGACGAGAACGGCUGGCAGGAGACACACCAGGCGUGUCGUCAUGGUCACGUCGAGCACCUAGAGCAUCUGCUGUGUUACGGAGCAGACAUGAGUGCGCAGAACGCUUCAGGAAACACACCCCUGCACAUCUGCGCGCUCUACAACCAGGAGAAGUGUGCUCAUGUGCUGCUGCUCAGAGGAGCUGAUAAAGACAUGAAGAACUUCAGCAGUCAGAGCCCCUUUCAGGUUGCUUUAAUCUCUGGGAAUUUCGAGUUGGCCGAGCUCAUCAAGAACCACAGAGACGCUGAACCAGUGGGUCUCUCAGCCACCCCGUCGGCCUCCCGUGCGCGCCGGCCCAUGCAGCGCAGCGGUGUGUGUGUGUCUCGGGCUCUGCUGCGAUCCAGCAGUGACAUCAAUGUCCCAGAGCGCACCGUGAGUCCAGAGCUGCAGCAGAUGCAGAGAGACGCCGGAGCGCGUGUGCGCAUGAUGAUGAUGACCAGCGGACGCAGCGGCAGGAUGAAGAACAACAGCAGAUCACUGUCGGUCAGCCUGGAGGACGAGCACAGCGGCAGUACCACGCUCAAAUGUCCUAACGGACGUGUGUGUGUGCCGAGCAGCAGGAGGAAGCUCUACAGCGCCACCUCUGGUCGCCAUGUGCUGCUGGUGCGCUCCUGUCUGCCACACGCUGGAGGAGGAGAAAACAGCAGCCUGCACCGCAACGGCCGGGUCAGAGAGAGCCGGACGGAGCGCAGCGACAGAAAGAAGCUCUUCAGACACUUCACUGUGGGCUCAUACGACAGCAUGGACAACUCCAGUGACUGCGCGACGGAGCAGAAGACUGUAGUUCUACAGAAGCAGGACAGCGAGGGGUUCGGCUUCGUGCUGCGAGGAGCAAAAGCGGACACACCCAUCGAGGAGUUCAUCCCCACUGCUGCAUUCCCGGCGCUGCAGUAUCUGGAGUCUGUGGAUGAGGGCGGUGUGGCCUGGCUGAUGGGGCUGCGCACCGGAGACUUCCUCACUGAGGUAAAUCAUCAGAGCGUGGUGAAGAUGGGUCAUCGGCAGGUGGUGAGCAUGAUUAAACAUGGAGGAAACCGACUGGUCAUUAAAGUGGUGAGAGUGAGCAGGAAUCUGGAGGACAAAGACGACAAAACACGGAAAAAAGCGCCACCUCCACCCAAAAGAGCACCGACCACAGCCCUGACCAUGAGGUCCAAAUCCAUGACCUGUGAACUAGAAGACCUGGAUAAAGCGGAAGAGGCCGUUCAGCCACAGAAGAUCAUGCAUGAAAAAUCCUCAGCAGACAAAACUGUCUCAAUCAAGCCCCGUCCCUCAAGCCGAUUUUUGGCGUCCAUGGAUUUUAAUGCGUCUGAAAGGCCAGGGGUCGCUGUAGUUCCUCCGAAUGUUCCUGGGAGAUCCCAUGGAGGUUACAUUCGUCUGCCAAAGAGCUCCAUGAGAAGACAGAAGUCCGUCGGAAUCGCAGGAGAAGAGAAGAAGUUCCUGAUACCUCCACUGCUCAAGUUCUCCAGAAGCCUCUCGAUGCCGGACACAUCUGAGGAUAUCCCUCCACCACCAGGCAUCUCUCCUCCGUCCCCACCGUACAAGCUCAGCACGUCUACAGCACAGGGAUACGAGCCCAACCAGUCCAUUUACACACAGAACACUACCGCCAGAUGCCACACCAUAGAAAGAGACCAAGUCGGGUACCAUCGGCAGAGCUUUGAGCCGUACGACUGUCAGACUCAUCCAGGCAGCCAUCAGAACAUCCUCAACAGGGCGCAUGUGCCGGAGAACCCAUACUCAGACAAACCCCUGUACGUCCCACCAAAACCAGCCCGAAGGAAGGGUAUUCUGGUCAAGCAGCCAAACGUUGAGGAUAGUCCCGAUAAAACUUGUUCAAUAUCAAUACCAACCAUUAUUGUUAAAGAGCCUUCAACUAGCAGUAGUGGCAAAAGCAGCAGAGGAAGCAGCAUGGAAAUCGAGACUACCGGACCCGAGCCGCCAGGACAACUUCGGCCGGAUGGGAGUGUUUCCAACCCUUUUGCAGCUGCUAUUGCUGGGGCAGUGCGUGACCGUGAGAAGCGUCUGGAGGCACGGAAAAACUCCCCUGCUUUUCUGUCAAUGGAUCUCGGAGAUGAGGAUCCAUUUAUCCCUACUCCCCGCCUACGCCAGUCUAUGUCCAUUGAUGAAGGCAUGUUUGCCAAUGAUAAGAAUUUAGAAAACAUUAUGGCUCCACCGGCCUCUUUAAUAGGGAGCUCGCAAAUCAGAAAUGAAGGGAACUUGACUGACUUUACUGUCCCAGAACCAAUGACUAAACCUCUGACAACACGCUCCAGGAAGUGUCCUGAUAUAGGUAGUCCCAUCGGCCUUGAUGAUGAUUUCCAACAACAGGUUUCAAGGAAGACUCAUGAUAUUUGUUCACCUUUAGCUCCGGGACAAGCAUCUGGUAAUAAAGCUCUGAAGGAGCAAGUGCAACCGCCUGUUCCUCCACCUAAGGGAGAAUCACAUAAAGCAAACCUCAACCAACCACUCUUUAUAGACACCAAGCUGCGGUCCAAUAUUGAAGCCAACUUUGUUGCUACCACAGCAGUGGGUCAACCAAAAGAUAGUGGGGGUUUCUUCAGACACACAAGAGAGUCUAGCCGGCAAACAGUAAAGGUCAGCAAUACAUCUGAGCAGCUGAAGAACGCUCAUAACACAUCACAGCAGAAGUCAGCAGGACUCCUCAUGGUGCAGUCACGGAUCAAGGCCAAGCCACAAGGGAACAGUCUCACUGAUGGAUUCCUGCAAGAAGAGUCCCUAGUUAUGGACGGAGAACCCAAUGAUUCCAGUGUCAAACUUACAAACUCCCCAAAAACUCCCAUGGAGGAGCCUGGCAAGUUUUCCUCUGGGAUUCCUCCUCCACUUCUGACCUCAGUGGAUAUCGAUGAGGAACUUGACGUUGCUGAACCCUUGCCUCCACCUCUGGAGUUUGCCAACAGCAUCGAUGUUCCCGAGGACCAGGUAGCAGUGAUUCUCAAGCAGAAAAAGAAUAAUGAAAUAAGGUCUGUGCAUCAUUCUCGUGCUUCAAAUUGCAUGACAACACACACCUACCCUCCACCACCUCCAGAGAUGUUUGAGCCUGUCACAGACUCAGGCAUCGAGGAAGCUGACAGCAGAAAUAGUGCUGGAGAUCCUCAUUUUGAGGCCAACAGCACAAUCUCCACAGUGUCCAGUAUCUCUACGCUCUCGUCAGAGGGAAUCGAGGAUGCGUGUAUAACCUAUGCAAAUGGGCAGAUUUUUUUGCUGGACCGACCACCUGUUCCUCCAAAGCCAAAAUCAAAGCCCAUAAUCAAUAAAAGCAAUGCAUUUUACAGGGACCCUUUGAAACAGGAGAGCAUUGAGUCUAUUGGAGAGCCUCCACCACUCCCACCUCCACCUCUCUGUGGUGUAGCACAAACUGAAGCUCAAAAAACGCUCGCAAGACACCCCCAGGAGCUCCCAAACCCGCUCCUACCCAAUGUAGAUCCUAAAGCCAAUGUGAUCAAUGAGCUCAGCUCCAAACUUCAGCACAUGAACAAGGACAGAUUUCCCAAACAAGGAGGAUCUCUCGACCCACCUGCAGCAUCCAGAAGCAUUGGAUCAAGAGAAUGGAUGGCUCAAGAUACCAAACGCAUCAACAAAGUGUCUUCCAGCCCCUUGCCCCCUCAGGCGUCUCCUCCUGCCGGAUCUGGACACUCUUCUCUGCCCGGCUCUGCUGCAUCUCCAACACUGACGGAUGUGUUCAGCCUGCCAUCUCCACCCAUGGGGAACGCAGAGCAGUGUUUCAGCAUCAGCUCCGUCAGCAGCCAGUCUCUGUCCCCACUCACACUCUUCCAGGCCGCGGCCGACAAGCCCUUCGCUGAUAAACCCAUCCCGCUCUGGAGCAAACACGACGUGGCUGACUGGCUGGACACCCUCAAUCUAGCCGAGCACAAGAAGGCCUUCCUGGAGAACGACAUUGAGGGCUCACACCUCCCUAACCUCCAAAAAGAAGACCUCGUAGACCUGGGGGUGACGCGCGUGGGCCACCGCAUGAACAUCGAGAAGGCUCUCAAACUGCUAAUGGACAGAUAAAGAAGAGAUUGUUCUACUUGUUUCUUGUACUGGGUUUGGACACUGCUCGAUCAGUCUGUUUCCUUUAUCAGUCUCUGCAUCUGCUGUCGGCAGGUUGUGCGAAGAUGUUCUCGGUUUAGUGGUCAGAACUGCACUCAGGAGCAAGUCUAUAAAGGCUGAUUUAUACUCAAGCAUGCCUUGGUGCACGUGGUGAAUGCGACGUCAUUGCAGUGUUGGUGGAAGUCCACUAUGGGUGCACAUGCCAUCAUUU